AAUAUUGGUAGCCCUUUUUCUCUGACAGUUUUUUCAUUCCCUGAAAAAUUUUCAAGAUUUCCGUGGAAAGCGCCUUUUUCUCAUACUUUUGGAUCCUUUGGGAUUCCCAGGUGGAAAAGUAAGUACAGAUUUUUAUAUUUUUCGUGAAAUUUAUUGGGAUUUUGAGGAAAAAUGUUGAAAUUUAUGCGAAAGAAGAAAACGCGCGCUGUUGCGAGAAUUGCAGGAAAAAGUUGAGAUUUUCCCAAAUUCUCUACAAAAACUCACCGGGAAAAUGUCUAAAAGGAUUUAUAUAAUCAUAUUUGAGGGGUUUUUCUUGGGAAUUACGAGAGAUUUGGUGGAAAAAUCCUUUUUUGCGAAAAUUCACGUCAUGCGUAGUUUUAUUUGGGGUGUGCCAGAUGGCGCUAGUAGUGACCAAGGAGGGAGUUUCGCGGUGGCUUUUUCCCCCAAAAUUUUCAGCCAAUUUCUGUGUUUUGAAAGUGAUUUUGUUGUGUUUUUCAAGGGAUUUUUCUGCGUUCCGCCGCGAAUUUGUGUGCAAAAUGGACAAUGAGGAUGACAGGGAAUGUGGGGGUGUGGGAAAAGCCCCAGAAGGUGGUUCAGUGAAAAAGAUUUGCGUUGUGAAGGUCCCCUCAUUCGGACCUAACCCUAUUUCGGCUAUUCCUGCAUCUUCAUCUACUGCCACAAGUAAAUCAGGUGGGGAUGCCCCAGCUCAGACAGGGACUCUUCCCGUCAGGACGAUCUCAUCGAAUUUUGUGGCUGUUAAAGCAGGCGAAGCGAAUAAAAAUAUCUUCGUGAAGGAUGGAAAUUUCUACAUGAAGUGCCCAAAUACGAAUAAACUCCUGAGGCUGCAGGUUGCAAAAACCAUCCCGGUGUCAACGGGUCAGGCAGCAGACCUCAAAUUAACAUCAAUCAGUGUCAAAGGGUUGUCCCCACGGGAGGUUUUGAUUACCAAGAAGCCCACGGCAGUUGAUGUUGUGUCCCAUGGUGGUGGAUCAGCACCAGCUGUGUCUUCCCAGGCCGCCUCCUUAGCUCCUGCUGCUGCUCCGCAGGUAUUCAAACCCAUCGCCAAGGUUCCCCUCACUGCAACCCCAAUUGCCCUGGCUAAACCCCAACCUGAAGGCUCUGGGCAGGGUAAAGUUGAAGUGAGAUCAAUUCAGAUAACAAAUUUUCCCACGGGCACAAUUUUGGACUUCAAGGGUACCCCCUUGGAUCUAAAUAGUCGCUUUCCGGGCUUCACGAAACUCCCGCAGAAUUCCCCGCCAGAUGCGCAAAAGGGGGGAGUGUACAAUGUUCAAAUCUCCAAUGGGCGCCUCUCGGACCCGCAUGGACCCAUAAAGAUGCUGGGAAUGUCCGGGAAGUCCCUCACAGUCACACGGGAUAAUAUAACAAUCACCUCUGGGGCGCUUUUGGGUGAACACCCAGCGGCGCCAAAGGAUGACCCUGUGGGUGAGAAAACCCCGCGCAAAGUGACACGUUCAUCGUCAACGGAUGAUUCCCCGCCCAAGAAGCCAUCAACCCCGCGGCGUCUCUCAGAACCCACCCGUGGGUCCCUGAGUGCUGAAAUGACGCCAAAAGUUGAGGAGAAACCCACCCUGGCAUCCCUUUUCUGCGACGAGAGCAUGGAAAAUUCAUCAGAGGGUGAGAAGAGCUCCACCUCCCCCCACGAAGCUGCCCUCAAUGGGCAAAUUGACCCUCUAGCUCCAUCCGACAGCGAACCCCCCGAAGAAGCUGAGCGCGAAAUUGACGAAAGUAGGAAAUUCAUCCCGCCGCCAAAUUUGCAACUGAUGAAGCUGAGUACAAGACGCGAGGGUGAGGAUGAGGAUGCACUCAAUUUAAUCCGCUGGGAAGAUGGCGUAGGGUACCUGUACAUGAGUAAUCUGCACUUCCAGUUCAAUGAAUUGGGUAUUGUGGAUAUUAUGGAUGAGGAUGAGUACAUGCGGUACCAGCAAACUGACUCUCCGUACGAUCAUCCACUGUAUGAGCGUGAGAUUAAUCCGAUGCGUAUGAGGCAGAUGCAGGCAUCCGGUGAGCCUGUCUACACGUGCUUGGGAUGCACGUGCUUUGGCCUUGCUGCGGAUUUCCUGGAGCCCAACUACUGCAGUAAGGUGUGCAUAAAUGUCUCGCGCAAGAGGACACGGGUAAAUGUGAAUGAGGGACAGAGUUCGCCGAAGAAGAAGCAAAAAGAUGGACGAGGGGCAUUCCCGUGGAAGGAUUACUUGGAGGUGACAAAUAGUCAGAGAGCACCGGAUGAGCUAUUUCCACACUGUCGUCCUGAGGUGGUGGAAUACAAUGAGAAGCACCCGUUUCAGGAAAAAACAAAAUUCGAAGCAAUUGAUCCGGACAAUUGUUCUGUGUUUAGUGUUGUUACGGUUUUGGCAACACAGGGACAUCGGAUGCUGCUGCACUUUGACGGUUGUCCGGUAAAGUAUGAUUUCUGGGUGAAUUUCAGCUGUCCGGACAUCUUCCCGCCACGUUGGGCUGUCAAUGAGGGGAAGAAUCUCCUUGUGCCACGUGGAGGGAAGCAGGAGAUGUUCUUCUGGAAGACGUACUUGAGGGAGAACAAGGCUGAGGGGGCGAAAGUGAAGAAUUUCCGACAUAUAGCCCUGAGGGAAUUCCUCAGGCCGCAUGACUUCAAGAUUGGGAUGAAACUCGAAGCGGAGAAUGUGAAGGGAACGGGAAGGUUAACAGUGGCAACGGUGGCGGAUGUUAUUGGGAAUCGUGUGAGGAUUCAUUUUGACGGGAAUAGCGACAACUUUGACUACUGGUGUGACUACGAUUCACCAAGACUUCAUCCCAUAAACUACCACAAGACUAUCAAUGAACAGCUAAUAACGCCAACGAAACGCCCAACUGGGUUCUCGUGGUCACGCUUCCUGGCUCAAACACGCAGUCGGGCUGUGCCUGAAAGCGCCUUUGUGCAGCGUCCACCGCGUGCAUUCCAGAAGGGUAUGAAGAUUGAGGCAGUUGAUCGUGUCUGUCCGGAAUUCAUACGUCCAGCUACGGUGAUUGAUGUUGCGGAGUACGAAUUGAGGAUACUCUAUGAUGGUUUUGAGACACAAUACGCCUACUGGGUUGAUGACGACAGUACGGAUAUCUUCCCAACGGGCUACUGCGAAAUUACGGGGCAUCCACUUGAGGCUGUACCCAGUACGCGGUGGCCAACGCAAAAGUGUGGCCUCAAAGUGUGCGCCGGCAAGGGGAGUAUUCACAAUCAAUUGGGCACAAAUCACGAUACGGCCAUUGAGUGUCCGUACAAUACGAAGAAUUACAAUCACAGGGCUGUGAAACCCAGUCGUCUCAAUGCAAAGCAAGUUGUGACGGACUAUGCGCUACGUUUUAGUCUUGUGCGGAAGAGGAAAUUUGGGGUAGAAGAGGAGAAACCUCCAAGUUCUAGCACAUCAAAAGCCCCGCCGGUGACACAGAAGAGACCAAGGAAGACAGCGCAUGCAGUUGAAGCAAUGCGUAAGGCAAAAUCAGCCAAAAUUGUCAGAGAAGCAACACCUCAACCGUCCACAUCUCAAGCAACAGACACAACGCAAGCCACUGCUGCUGCAACAACUCCACCGGGUGCCGCUCCAGGUGUGUGGAAGAGUACAUCACGGAUCAAGGCGCAUGUGGAAAUGGGAGAUAAGAAGCAAAUUAAUCCACUUCUCUGGACAACAAAUGAGGUUGCAAACUUCCUAAGCAAUCUGCCAAAUUGCUCUCAUAUUGCAGAUAAAUUCCGCAUAAAUGACAUUGACGGUGAGGCUUUUCUGGCCCUUACAAAGGAUGAUCUCACACAAUCGCUGGAUAUUAAACUCGGCCCUGCAAUUAAAUUGUACAAUUUAAUUGUAAAACUCCGUACGGACAUCAAGGAGCAAUUUUUGCAAUUUUAGGAUAAAACUAAAGUAAUUUUUCCCCAUCCCCCAUUCAUUUUUUUUCUUUCCUUUUCAUUGCACAUGCAAAAAUCCCAAAGUUUCCCUGAUAUUUUCUCCUCUAAUUCAUAAUAUUAAAUUUAUGAAACACAUUUUUCUUCAUUUUAGAUAGAAAUUAUGGCAUUAUGUUUAGCAAAAAUAAAAAGUUUGUAGACCAUAAUUGAGAAUCUUAAAGAUGGACUGUAAUAAAGAAAAAAAUGAUUAUUGUAGUAAAAUUCACAAAGAAAUUUUGUGAA